GUGAUUGGUAGCUUUCGGUUUGAAAGAGAACAUAGGGAUUUUCACCGUUUUUUUGUCGAACACAUUCUAAAAAUGACCAACAAGCAACAACUGGAUCUUGGUAAUGCGGCAAGAAAUGUGUCUCCUAAUGAACAGGCAGUCGGUCUUAUCGCAAGAUCGGUAGCACAAUUACAAGGCAUACAGGAGAAACCAGAGAGUUGAAAGAACACGGCGAACUGAAAAAGACGCCGAGAUAGUCGAGCUUCGAAAAAAUGUAAAGCAACUCGUGAAGAGAACAACAAUAAUCUUCUCAUAAAACUGGAAGCAAAAUACAAGUAGGUGAAGAUUUUGAAGGAACGUAUACAACAACUCGAAGAUAAAAAGAUAAUUCUUAAAGAGGAAUUGGCUGCCGUUCAGUUCAAGUUGAAGGGCAUUGAAGAAGACGUGAGAAACCUACAACAGUUGAGGCAAGACGACGAAGAAAAGUCCUCAAAGGUGGAGGAAGAAAUGAAAAUGAUUCACUACACUUUAAAAGAGAUCAAAAAAGAUUUAGCGGCGACUAAAUCUGAGAAUGAAGUGCUAAAGAAGAAGAUUCGUCAUCAGUCUCGAAAAAAUCCGGGAACCACGAUGGACCGAAAUCAUGAUCAAAACAACAUCGAAGACGAAAUUCGUAGAAACAAGGAAAGGAUAGCGUCUUUGGAGAAAGAUUUAAGAGAAAGUUUGCGCAGCAAUAAAGAUCUUAAAGAUAGGAUCAACGCUUUAGAAAAGGAAAUACAAACCUUGAAAGAUGAGAAUGAAUUGUUGAACAAACAGCUGCAAGAAAUGAAAGAUGAUAAUGAAUCAAUGAAAAAGAGAAUGGAGAUUUUAGAGAAAGAAAAUGAACAUCAGAAAGCUGUGUUGAUUAUUGUGCAAAUAGGCACAGCCAUACAGAGAAAAUUGUGCAAGUACGUCCUGGGAGAAUGCUUCAAAGAACGAUACUUCUAUACGUUUAAAGAAAUAGACAUAUACGUGCAGCAAGAUCUGAGACAUGACAAGAAGGCCCAAGAGUCAGCAAGAAAGCGGCUGAAGGAAAUAAGGGAAAAGAUUCCUUGGAACCAACGUUUGGUGGAUAGUCUUCAAAAACUUAAUCGAACGAGAAUCGGCAUUGCUCAUCCUGACCUAAGCAGCGAAAACAUCCAACAAGCAACAGAUUAUUUGAAAAAGGAGAAUAUUUUGGACAAAGGAAUGGUCGACAAUGUUAACGAACUAAAACAACUAUGGAAAACAUCCGAAGAAUGGUUAAACAGGGCCGCUGGAGGUUCUGAAGAUGGUCCUGAAGGCGGUACGAUGAAUUUGUCUACCGCAGGACGACAGAACCAAGACACCUAUGCCAGCAGGGCCGCUGGAGGUCCUAAAGAUGGUCCUGAAGGCGGUACGAUGAAUUUGUCUACCGCGGGACGACAAAACCAAAACACCUAUGCCAGCAGGGCCACUGGAGGACAUUACCUUCACACCAAAGCAUAGGGUGCUAGUUACUCAUAUACAUAUCCCAGUUACCGAUUGUGAAUGAUCGAUGGUUUUGCAUAAAUACAAACAUUUUUAGCUUAUAAACAAUGAAGUUAUUUUGGAAAGGAUAUGUCCUUCCAACAAAUUUUACCUAUGAUAAUUUUACUUUAAAAUCCUAUAAUCUACUAUUUUUAAGGUGAUAUUUGUCUUUCAAUUCGACAAAAGAAAAAAACUUUCCGAAGAAUUAAAGCAAGCUUAGGAAUUAAACACUUAUCAAUUUCAAGCACCAAAGUAAGACUUUUUCAAAGUUUUAAAAAUAUAUAGAUCCCAAUAAGCUUAGGCUGACCACAAACGUGCAUCAAAUAUAUAUUCAAUGAUAUAGAUAUAGCCAUUUAAAACUAUCUACAAAUAGUUAGAUCUUUGCCAUGGCUUGCAUGACCACUUGAAAUGGUGGUCCCGUCUCACUCAGAGACGUUAAAAAAGAGGGCCACAAGUUUAUCAGUUACAAUAGUCACGUGCUACCCUCUCUAAAUAACUUCGUCAAUUCUAUUUUUGAUUUCAUUUUCUACGUAUGCAUGCUUAUAUAUGUUUUUCAAAUCAACUUAUGAAUAUUAAAUAGCUAAAUAUGGUUAGUCAACAAAAACGCCGGUAGCCGAAACCUAAAAUGGAUCUUUAAGGAUCAUGGUAAUAAUUUAAUAGCUUUUUGAUGCAAACUACGGCUGUUGUAUCACAGCAUGGGACAAUAAUCACAACAGAGCCCUAAGCUACACCUGUAGCGAAAGCCACGAAACAUCGAAUUAGAAUUAUAGAAUUUAUUCAUUUAUUGUUUUA